AUGGCCGCCAGCUACAGCUACGCCUUCACGACCUGCCUCCUGGCCACCGCAACAGCGUAUCUCCUCCUGCUCCUCGUCCUCGUCCAUGUGCCCCCGACCUCGUCGCUGCGAGCAUGGCUUCUCCCCGUGCUGAUGCUCCCUACGCUCUUCGUCUCGCAGAUGGCCGUCUACGCAACCCCCGUCGUGCCGUUCAACUUCGUCUUAGGCGUCGGCUACGGCCCGCGCCUGGCCCUGGAGAUGUUCGACCUCCUCUGCAUCUCCAAGGCGGCCUACCCUUAUCCAGGAGACUCGGGCUCUUCUUCCUCUUCGGCCGACAAUGAAAAGGACGGCGGCGGGAAGACGGCGGGCAGGCUGCUGUCCAGGACUGCGAGGGUCGGCCGGGCAGUGUCGUGGCUCUGCGAAAUCUCCUCUCCGGACCGAGGGCGCGAAGGGUAUACAGAAGUCUCCCGCGAGACGGCGAGGAAGACGUCCAGGCGGCAGUUCCUCGUCUUCAGGGCUGCUCGGCUGGUGCUGGGCUAUCUGGCGCUGGACUUCAUCAGCAGCCAGUCCCUCGAGGGCGCAGACGUCAAGUUCGGCCCCGGCAAGGAGCAGAUCCUCUCGCGCAUCGUCGCUGGAGACUUCUCGGGCGAGGACCUUGGAGAGACGCUGGGCUCGAUCGUCGGAUACGCUGCGUCUGGCUAUCUAUACCUGCUCACCAUGUCGGACCUGGUGUCGCUGCUGGCUGUCGGCCUGGGCUUCAGCCGGGCGCAGGACUGGCCCCCUUUCUUCGGGCCCCUGACCAGGCUCUAUUCCAUCAGAAACCUAUGGGGCAUGGUAUGGCACCGACAGUUGCGGGUGCUUCUCGUCGACUACAGCUAUUUCAUAACUCACUCCAUCCUACGCCUCCCUCUGGCAGACAGCGUUGCGCCCGAGUCCAAGAUCCUGCUGCUGCUCAUUCGAUACGUCAGGAUCCAGAUGGCUUUCCUGGUCUCGGGAUUGCUGCAUUUUCCCAUCGACACCAUGCAGGGUGUCCCGCUGCGGGAGUCCGCGAUAGUGACGUUUUUCACUGUGCAGGCGCUGGGGAUCCUCAUCGAGGACGCCGUCUGCGGCAUCUACCGCUGGAUCACGACGGGCUCGUUCUCCCGUCAAGCUGCACGGAGUUUAGAGAAGAAGGAGCCGGCGCUAUGGAUGAAGCUGGUCGGCUUUCUGUGGUUGAUAUGCUGGGCAAUGUGGUGCAUGCCGCCGUGGAUCUUCCCGGUCAUCCGUAAGCCGCCCAUGUCCGUCGUCCCCUAUUCGUUCUUCGCCAGGGCUUAG